AUGCGUCUCAACAACUCUGGUGACGUCCAGAUAAGCCGAGAAAACUGCCAUGCCACUCGAAGCAAGCACGAGGGCUGGGAUACUGCCAAGUUGACUAAAACUAGACAGGGGAAGUCAAGAGACAGACGUCGGGUUCGAACCGUGGACCUUCCGAUCAGUCUCGCCUCUAUGACCGCGGAACCAACAGGAAAAUUUCCAAGUGUUAUUUGUAUCGAGUUCCCCGAUUUCGUCCUGUCACAAGUGACGCGAAUUUCUAAGACGGGAACUUUUUCCAUCAGCAAGUGCAUGCUGUGCCCUAAUCCAAGUAAUCACACCACAGUGGGAGGUUGUAGGAUUGCGUAUUGUACAAACAGUCAAGAUGCUCUCAGAUAA